AUGUUGACUCCGACCGAAAAUGCUGCUGCAAUGUGUGCAGCCAAGCUGAAGAGACGUGUGGAGGCCACCACUACUCCAGAAGUGUUGGCUUCCCAGUCUGCUCCGAGUCGACCCUCCCGACAAUCCAAGGUCACAGCACUGAAAAAUCAAGUUUGGAUGCCAGACAAGAAGACACGAAAGCGGGCCGCAUCGAGCACGGCUGAGCCUGAACACGCCAAGCAGGCACGAACCUCGGGCCCAAAAAAUACUGACCCUGUGAACAGAAAACGGAAGAGCAGUGUUCCACAGCCAGCGGCGCAACUUUUCGAGUCUGACUCAGACGACUUCAAGGUUGAUGGAAGCGAUGGCGCCGAAUCUGAUUCUGGAGCCGAGUCAGACGACAAACUCGACGAAUCAGAUGAUGACAGUAUUCUGGGACUCAUUGGUGACAAGCUAAAGGCUACCCUAGACUAUGAGCGUCCUCAAAUUACUACACAUAACGACGACAGCCGCAGUGCAGCUUCAUCAUUCAGCUCAAUCCCCCCUAGUACAUCACCGGACUCUGACAAUGACGACCCCGUUCGUACCAUGGACUCUGCUGCGGAGGAUAUAGGGCCCGGGAACAGUCAGCUUACUAACAUGAAGAAAUCCGGCCCUCGCUAUCGCUCUUCCAAGCUGAAAGAGACCAGUAAGGCCAAUCAGAAAGGGGCGCUGUCAAAAGGAAGUAAAUACCUGAAGCAAAGAGAACAAGAGAAACCAACUUGGUGCACGCCAGACAAGGUUGAUGACACCACCAGUGGGCCACCUGCAGAUGACGAAGCAGUGUCAGCGCGGUCUAUUCGUUCACGCGAAGAUGACUGGUUGCCUUCUUGUCGCAUCGUAUAUAGCAGUUCCGGUAAGGUCAAUUUAACCGAGCAGCAACCUCACAUCCAGGACUUGCUGCAGGCCUCGAUUACCUGCCUUCACGAGCACAUCCUCUUCGAAAAUGCGUACUUGGACCUCCAGCAAAGGAGGAAAAUUAUGGCUGACAUACUCUUGUCAUGUGCGAAAGAUGGAGAGGAAUUUGUAGAUGUGAGAAAACGGCUUACGAAGGAUGCGAACCUGAAGGUCGUAUUGGCACCAUUUGCGGGAACGUCAGGAAGGUUGCGCAAGCACAUGUGGCAAGCCACUAUGCAUCAGUAA